AAUCAAACAAGAAUGGCUCUCGUUAUUAUGAAUGUCUUACUUCUUUUAUUCUCGGUAGUCUUAGUUCGUUCCGAUCAAACUACCACGCCUCUCAAAUCCUUUAAGAUCGGUGAAAAUGUGACAUACGAUUGCAUAAAUAUUUAUAAGCAACCAGGACUUGAUCACCCUUUGCUUAAAAACCAUACAAUCCAGAUGAAACCAUCAAGGAGUGAAUUAAAUAGUCAAACUGGCAACAACAUCACACAGAAAAAUAAAAUAAAAUGUCCAGAUGGAACCAUUCCUGUAUUAAAAAAUACAAAAGACUUCCUCACAAGCGCUAACCUUUUUCCCGAGAACUAUGUCCAUCCACAAUCAGUAGACAGCCCUGGAACACAUAUUGCUGGAGUAAGGUCGCAUGCUGGUCCAUAUCGUGGUAUACAAGCCUGGGUUUAUGGAGUUGACCUAAAAAUUGAAAAGGAUCAAGCCUCAUAUAGUCAAAUAUAUUUAGGCAGUGGUGUGAAUAACAAGAUCAAUUACAUCUCUGCGGGAUUUAUGAUAAAUCCAGGACUUUUUGGCGACGGACGUGUUUGGUCAUAUGGAUUUUGGAAGGGUAAAGAUGAAAAAGGAUGUUACAAUACAGCUUGUUCAGGGUUUGUUCAAGUAUCACAGACUAUUCCCAUAGUUCAACCCAUUGAUAUUUCGCCAAAAGAGCCUUCCUUUUUACGUCCCUUCAUCCAUCAGGAUAAAGAUACAGGAAACUGGUGGCUUACACUUCUGGGACCAGAUGAGCCCAAUGGUGAUGUUGGUUAUUGGCCAAAAGAAUUAUUUAACCUUUUCGACAAUGGUGCAAGUAUGGUUGGAGUUGGUGGUGUGGUUAAAGCUUCUCCUUCUGGUUCAAGCCCUCCAAUGGGUAAUGGUAAAUUUCCGGAUAAAGGCCGGAGAACUUCAGCAAUUUUUGCAAACAUUGAUGUCUUGAAUUCUAACUACAAGCAAAAUAAAAUCAGUUCUUUUCCUAUUGAGAUAUUGGUAGAUAGUCCACGAUGCUACGGGCUAAGAGUCGGUAAGGUAGAGUGGUACCGUCGUACUCGUCUAGGGUACUUUUUCAAUUACGGUGGUCCAGGAGGAAACUCUUGUGGAGUUUGA